AGUUUAUGGUCGACAAAACAUGGCCCAUUUAAAAUGAGCGUCCGAAAGACGACUAAUUGAGCUAAUUUGUUAUAGAUCGGUGAAUAGUGUUUCCGCAACCUUAUAAAAACGCUAUAUUUAUAUGUAGAACAAAUGCAUUAGUGUACGUAACAUGGACACGAGACAUUGAGCCGUUCAACAUGUCAUGCAUGUCGACACGGGAAACAUACAACUAGGGCCUACGAGUGAACUUCGCGCUCAGUGAACCAUGACCUUUCCAGACACAGCGUAUGUGUAUUGGCCCACCUCGGCUAGUCUGUAUUUCACUAGUGCAUAUAAGCUCCCGUUGUACAAGCUACUAGGAAAUGGAUCUUCCAAAGCCAGUCCGUUUGAAAGAUUUUGAACCAUUCGCACGGCGAUCUUUGCCGGCAACAGUCUAUGAAUACUACAGGAGCGGCGCCUAUCCCGAGCAGACACUGAGGGAUAAUGAACACGCGUUCCAAAGAUACCGACUGAGGCCUGGCCCCCUUCGUGAUGUGUCCAUUCGGGACCUCCGUACCACCCUGCUGGGCCAUGAAAUUGCCUUCCCUGUUGCCAUAGCACCGACUGCGUUGCACCGCUUAGCACACAGUGACAGCGAGCUGGCAACAGUCCGCGCUGCCACCUCCAUGGGGACCGGUAUGGUGUUGAGCACCUAUACGUCUACCCCGAUGGAGGACGUGGCCGCAGCGGCGUCUCCCAAUAGCCUGCUCUGGGCUCAACUCACUGCCUACACGGACGAAGAAGCAGUGCGCCGGAUGAUAAGGAAGGCAGAGCAGAACGGCUUCAAAGCCAUCGUUGUCUCGCUGGAUGCGAAGAUUUCAAAGAGGAAAGCGGGGGCAGAUUUGAUUCCGCCCCACGUCAGAUUCGCAAAUUUUGAGGGAGCACGCAGCCAGUCAUUCACAACUGUUGAAAGAAACGCUAACCCUAAGCUAACGUGGGAUCAGAUUGACUGGUUGAGCAACCUGACAACGCUGCCGAUCGUACUGAAGGGAGUCAUGUCAGGACUGAAUGCACGGGAAGCUAGGAAACACAGAGUGGCCGGACUGUGGGUCUCUAAUCAGGGCGGGCGCGCCCUAGAUGGCUCUUUAGCAACGGGACAAGAAGGAGUGAAGAAAGUCCUGGAGAUUAUCAGAGACGAGUUCAGCCAUGCACUGGGACUGGCAGAAUGUGCCAGUCCAUCUGAUAUCUCACAGAGUCUGGUGGUGAGGGAUCCGUACUAUACUGCAAAGCUCUAA